GGGAAAUUUGAACUGAAGAGCGGUUAAGCAGGGAGGCUCGUCGCGGGGGUUGUUAUGACAGCGGGAGAAAAAGGUAGUUUUUGGGCACCAAACUUGCAUAUUGCUGGAGAAUAAGUUAAUACUGGCAAAUGAAAAUAACUGGACGUGUCUUCAAUUUCUUUCCUUGGAAUCAAAAAGGAUGAAGAAAGCCAUACAUGCAAAGAAGCAAACUUUGCCAGUUAGCUGUAGCAAACAAACUGGUCUAUCUGCAAGUAUCACAAAGAGUGUUGGCAGCAAAAGUGCACAGAAACACAGAGAUCAGCAAAUAUCUGCUGGUGAAAAAACAGACCACAGCCAAGAUCCUCUUGAAGAAGCUGUGUGCUAUUUGGAGAAAAUUAAGGAUCGCAUUUCUCUAAAGAAUGAAGUUCUGCAGAAACACUUGGCAACUGUGGAAAAGAUCGCCCAGGAGAGAGGCUUGACACCUGAAGAAAUUGACAUCGUGUUGAACGUAGCACUCAGUGGCAAGUUUGCUGAAGCAAUAAACACUCGACUACUGAAGAACUUGAUUCCCACUUCAGUGAUAACAGAGGAUUCUAUCGUUUCAGCUGUGUCUUGGCUCUGUGUUAGUAAAUGUUCUCAAAAUACUCAGGUAAUCUUCUUAAAAUGGCUAAUUACAAUGUUUGACUUCAUUGACCGGAAGGAAAAAGUUAAUGCCCUCUAUGGCUUUUUCUUCAGCUUCUUACAAGAUGAUAAACUGCUCCCCUUUGCCUGCCACAUCCUUUAUUUACUGACCAGAAGAGAGAACGUAAAACCUUUCCGUGUGAGGAGGCUCCUAGAUCUACAAACCAAGAUGGGAGCAGAACCUUCCCUGCAGGCUCUGUUAUCAAUAUACAAGAGCUUUGCUCCUGAAAUGGUGCGCAUAAAAACGCUCACAAAUGAGAAGAUCCGGUUUAGGAAUUCAGAGAACUUGUGGAAAACAGCAAUCGGCAACAUAAAACGACGAAUCUGUGGAACAUUACCUACAUCCCAGCCCAAUUUAAUAGGCACUGGCUGUGUCCAGUCCCGGAAGAGGAAAUGGAAUGCAAAGCUGGCACUGCCCGCAUGCCAGAGCAACUCAACGGAUAGCCAGAAGUCCAUCUACAAUGAUCUGCUUAGUCAUGCUGAAUUCUUCCCAGUAGAGCAGCUACACACAUUUCCCCAGCUUCUGCAAAACAUCCAUUAUUUAGAGCCUCCUUCCCAGAUAGCCUCAGUGUUAGGAAGACCUCUGUUGCUCCACUUCAUCAACUGUGUCAAAGAUGACUCCAUCUACCAGAGGAUGUAUUAUUGGAUGGGCCAAACAUUCAGAGAAGAAUGCCCUUGGUAUAAAGUUGAGAACCAGCAAUAUGAAUUGGAGUUCAAGAACUUCUUGGAGAAAGUCUUGGAAGCAGAGUGUUUCUUGCAGGAGGGCUUCUCAUCCUGCGAAGAAUUCUUGUACAGGAGCCUGCCAUUCUGGGAUGGCUGCUCCUGCCGGCCUCAGGUCCUGCAGCUGAUGCGUUGGAUCCCUCUAAGCACUUUCUCAGAAAUGAAGUCUUACCUCUACAGGCCGUUGACACAGCUUUUUUUCACCUCAUCCCUUUAUUUUAAGUGUAGCGUUCUUGAAAGCCUGAGAGAGCUGUUACUGAACUGGCUAAAUUGGCAAGUCAUGCAAGCCAACAUGGCAACAGAGUUGAAUACAGAUGUCUUGAACACCACCCUCUCUGGCCUGGUCAGCUCUGUGGCAGAGCUCAUCCACUUUGUAGGCUGGCUCUCAACCAUCGCCCUGCACUUAGAGAAGAACUCUGCUUUCUUGAUGCACUUCAUCCUGGAUUUCUAUGAGAUGGUGUGUGAUAUGUAUCAGAAGUAUAACCUCCCCUUGGUUGUGAUGCCUCCAGCUGGAGUCUUCUAUCCAGCAUUGCUCAGCAUGGAUGCUGUCACAGUUGACCGUCUCUGCCACAUUAUGUACAGGUAUCGAACCAACCUGGUAGCUGCUAAGCAGAAUCAACAGUCUAAAAAGACGAUGCUGCAGUUCAAGUUCAGCAGCAAGACUUGCCAAGAAUACAACCAGUACAUAACAGCCAUGGUUGGGUGCCUGUGGGCCUCAAACGUGUUCCAGAAAGAUUUCCACCCUCAGGGGAUUCACUUGGAUCCAGAAGUGCUGGAGAAGACCAGUGUGCAGGAAUAUAGGAAGAGCUUCAACAUAGUUUACCAUCCUGCCCUGACAGGCUAUGCCAUGCUCUUCUUGCAGCAGACACAAGCAGAAGACAAAGCCCCAAACUUCAGAUUAAUUCAGGGGAGAAGGUGGGAAUGGUACCUGGAAUAUCUCUACUCCCAAGAAUUACAAGGACUGAAACUCUUCAUUGAAAGUAGCAUCAAUCGUGUUUCUCAGUCUUCUCAAAUGAAAACAAGCAAGCAAAUGGGAACAGGCUGAUUCUUGCAGAUUGUUCAACUUAAAAUAUUGGAUGCUAUUGGACUCCCAUCUAUGAGAAGUGUCCCUCCAUCUCUUGGUAUUGACACCCUGAUGGACAAACCCAAGCCCGGAGUGCAGUGGUGGAGCUGGUUUCCCUAUUCAGCAAGUCUGGAUGUUAUUGCCAAGCUG